AUGAUUAUGUAUUGGACAAUAUUUUUGUUUUACACCAAUUUGGGUUGUGCACUUAACAACGAUGUAAUCCAACCAGACCCUGUGAUGGUUACACACCUGGGACAAAGUGUAUCUCUCACUUGCUUUUGUCAAUCUAAUUUAAUGGUCAGAGUCUCUUGGUUCAAACAAAUUGUUGGACAGAAGCCUCUUCUCAUGGCAUCAUCAUAUUAUCGCACUCAAAAGGCUUUUUAUUACAACAAUUUUACCAAGGACUUUAAUGAGACUAAACGUUUGAGUGUGAAGAGAGGAGUUGACAGCUGUAACCUGACCAUCUCCAAGACAGAGUCAGGGGACUCAGCUACAUACUACUGUGGUGCUAUGGAAGUGGGCGAAGUCAAAUUUGGAGAAGGAACUGUUUUAAUUGUCAAAGAUUCAGGGUCCAACAGCAUGUCUGUGAUCCAGCAGCCUGUGUCUGAGUCAGUCCAGCCAGGAGACUCUGUGACACUGAACUGUACAAUAAACACUGAGACCUGUGCAGGAGAACACAGUGUCUAUUGGUUCAGACAUGGCUCAGGAGAAUCCCGUCCAGGAAUCAUUUACACCCAUGGAGACAGGAGUGAUCAGUGUGAGAAGAGCCCUGAGGCUGGGUCUCCUACACAGAGCUGUGUCUACAACCUCCCCAAGAGGAUCCUCAGCCUCUCUGAUGCUGGGACUUACUACUGUGCUGUGGCCUCAUGUGGGGAGAUACUGUUUGGGAAUGGGACCAAGCUGGACUAUGGUUGUAAGGAGGACCAUGUUCUCUUGGUGUACUGUCUGGGUGUAGCGUUGGCUCUUUGUGUCAUCCUCAUCAUUGUCCUUGGUUGUGUUUUGUAUAAGAUGACCAAGAAAACCUCUCUGCUGUGCCAAGGAACGCAUCCUCAGCUAAGUGGUACGGCAGUCCCCAGUUCACAUAACCAGGAUCAAGAAGAUGAUGACACACUCACGUCGGUCCAUUACACUGCUCUGAAUGUCAUCCACAAGAAGCCAAAGACCCAGAGACAGAGGAGUGCCAUGGAGAGAGACACUGUGUAUUCUGGGGUGAGUUGUGUUGAUAGCAUGCCAUUCAAACCCACCCCCAAACAACAAGUUCACAGGUUCUCUGCAGUCUUCUGUAAGCCCAAGACGAGGCCGUGUCUACGCUUUGGUCAGAGCUGUGUCUACAACCUCCCCAAGAGGAACCUCAGCCUCUCUGAUGCUGGGACUUACUACUGUGCUGUGGCAUCAUGUGGGGAGAUACUGUUCGGGAACGGUACCAAGCUGGACAUCAAGGACCCUAGUUGUGAAGAGCUGACAACUUUAAAGAUGAUCACACUGUGUCUGAUAUUUCCACUUCUUGUAGAGAUGGUUCAUGGGGUAUCUUGGACUGAAUCAUCAUCCAUACAUCAGGAGAGUGUUCUCAUGUCAGCCAAAAUUGGAGACACUGUGAUUUUGCAUUGCUUCCAUGAAGGCGACGUGGGAAUAAUGUUCUCCUGGUACAAGCAAACCUUUCGAAAUAUUCCUCAGCUCAUCUCAACCAUCUAUAAGUAUCAGAGGAAUGCAACAUUUUACCAUGAGUUUAAGGAUAACCCUCACUUCUCAGUGGAAGGUGGACAAGGAAAGAAUCACCUAAGGAUCUCAGACACGCAACUCUCUGAUUCAGGCAAAUAUUAUUGUGGAAGUGCUAAUGGAAUCAAGUUGGAGUUUGGACAAGGAGUCAAUCUUAUCAUAAAAGGUUCAGGGUCCAGAAAUAUGUCUGUUCUCCAGCAGUCUGUGUCUGAGUCAGUCCAGCCAGGAGACUCUGUGACUCUGAACUGUACAAUACACACUGAGACCUGUGCAGGAGAACAUAGUGUCUAUUGGUUCAGACAUAGCUCAGGAGAUUCCCGUCCAGGAAUCAUUUACACCUAUGGAGACAGGAGUGAUCCGUGUCAGAAGAGCCCUGAGGCUGGGUCUCCUACACAGAGCUGUGUCUACAACCUCCCCAAGAGGAACCUCAGCCUCUCUGAUGCUGGGACUUACUACUGUGCUGUGGCCUCAUGUGGGGAGAUACUGUUCGGGAACGGUACCAAGCUGGACAUUGAGGGCGAGAGUGCAGACCCUCUUCUCUUGGUGUACUGCCUGGCCGUAGCAUUGGCUCUAGCGUUCAUCUUGAUCAUUGUUCUUGCUUGCAUAAUUUACAAGAUGAAGAAGACAACAUGUCUGCAGUGCAGUGGUAAGUGA